AUGAUAACCGCCCGUCUCCCUUUCGCCUACUCUCUCGGAGCCCUCCAGAACCAGCCGCAGACGCUGGCUCAGGCACAAUCUCAACACCCCCAGUCUCGUUCUAUCACUCCGCUCUUUGCAGCUGGACCUGCUAGCACAAGCGCCAAUUCAUCGUCGCCUGCAGCUGCCGCUCGAGACGGCAAUGGCAGCUCUCGCAGUGCCAGCCCGGCCGCCUACGGCCUUCCUCCGCUCUCGUUCUCCGCUGAUCACAAGCCGAAUGAUACGCUGUGGAUGGGUGAUCUCGAAAGCUGGAUGGACGCCGCGUUCAUCCAGCAACUUUGGGCCUCUCUUGGUGAGACUGUCCACGUCAAGCUCAUGCGCACGAAGUCGUCUGUGUCCGAGGGCUGCGUUAGUUAUUGUUUUGUCCAGUUUAGUUCGCCUCAGGCUGCAGAGUAUGCGUUGUUGCGAUAUAACAACACUAUUAUCCCCCGCACGCACUCGGUUUUCAAGCUGAAUUGGGCCACUGGCGGCGGGAUUCAGCACUCGGCCAAGACGCGCCGUGAGCCCGAGUACAGUGUUUUCGUUGGCGACCUUGAUCCCGAGACUCAUGAGGCCGAGUUGUACCAUACAUUCCACUCUGUCUAUCCUUCCUGCACGUCCGCCAAGAUCAUUAUCGAUCCUGUCACCGGCAUGUCGCGCAAGUAUGGCUUUGUCCGUUUUUCGGACGAGCGUGAGCAACAGCGUGCCCUUUCCGAAAUGCAGGGCUACCUUUGUCAUGGUCGCCCGCUUCGUAUAUCCGUCGCUUCUCCUCGUUCACGCACGUCCAUUUCUGCUGACUCGACCACUCCGACUGGUGCUGCCUCUACUGCUAACGGAGGUGCUGCUGCCAGCUCUUCGGCGGUUGCCACUGGCGUAACUGGCGUUCCUUCGUCUUCUUCCUCGACGCGUCAGCCUGACCAGGGACUGUGCAGCAUCGAUCCGUUCAACACGACCGUUUUCGUUGGCGGCCUGUUCUCGGGCGCCACGGAAAAAGACCUCUUCUAUCAUUUCAGUCCCUUUGGUAACAUUCUCAACAUUAAGAUCCCCCCUGGCAAGGGUUGCGGCUUUGUACAGUACACCGAGAAGGCUGCCGCUGAAAAGGCUAUCACCAUGAUGCAAGGUGCUCUCGUUGGCCCCUCACACAUUCGUUUGGCUUGGGGUCACAAUACCUUGCCUGUCUCGGCCAUUUCGGCCAGCAUGGAAGCCAUGGGAAGCAACGGUUCUGUUAAUAGUGCUGCUGCUAACGAAUCUGUUCAUACCCGCGCAGCCACUGCUCUUCAUGCUAACUCUGCCGUCCCCACUUCUGGUUCCGGUGUGGCCUCCCAAAAUCCCUCCUCUCACUCCUUGCUCUCUAGCUCUGUGGGCCUCUCUCAGUUUGCACCGGCCUCUCUAUCCUCUGCAUCCGGCAAGCCUAGCUUGCUUUCAACCAAUGCCCUGAUUCCCCCUAUCGCUCAUUCUACUCCUUCUCUCAGUGCACCACCUUCGGCCGCUAUUGGUAUUCCGUCCUCGCUCUCUUCGCGAAUGACUUCUCAUGCUGCUGGAUCUGCACCCCUGUCUGCGCCUGCGGCUGUCGAGCUCUCGUCUGCUUGUCGUUCUGGCACCCCGGCGUCUUCGUUCAACAUCUCGGACUGGUUGCCCUCGCUUUCGGCUCCAAAGUCAUCCUUGCUUUCUGGUGCCACGACCGCCCCCAGUCCUUUGCGUCUUGGUGGUAGUACGUCUGGUUUCCAUUUUGGUGAGGAUAUGUUGGAUGGUGUCUCCGCGUCCAAGUCUCGUCAGUCGUCUUCAGGCUCGUCUGCUGCUUCGUCGGUGGACUCGGCGACUGCAUCCUCGGGCAUUAGCACCAGCACUGGUAGUCUGUUUGCAUCUUCCUUGAGCGGCGGCGGCGCGUCCAAGGGCUCCUUUCUCAGCUCGGCCUUUUCUCACCCGCUUUCCGCUGAUUCCUUUCAUCCGUUAAAGACGAACAAGCCUCAUGCAUUGAAGACUCCUUACUCCUCUUACUCGACAAGUGGCAGCUUCCUUUUUUAA